AUGGGGGCUCCGCGCUGGGCGCGGCUCUGCCUCCUGCUUGUGGCGGCGGUAACGCUCUGGGUGCUCCUGUGUGGGCACGACCGAGACACGCAGGCUUCCCCGGAGCCCAGCCUGCUGCAGCAAGAGUCACUGCCGUUGGUGCCUGGAGGGAUGUCCCGAAAUGCCGGGAGCCAUGGCCUGAGCAGAGAAAGCAGCAUGGACAGAGGGAAGCCAUCUAAAUAUUCUUCUGAGCCUGGCAAGGCUAAACCCACCAAGGAACAGGCCAGCUCGUGUCCCCAGUCACUGAUGUCAAUAGUGAAGGCGGACCCCAGGUUCGGGAAGCUCUUUAGAUUCCAUGUCCCAGUGCUGAUGUGGGCACGACACUUCACCAAGGAGACGCGGGACAGGCUGAAGGAGCGCAGCGUCCCGUAUGGCUGGCAGGGCUUGUCCGACACAGCCAUUGCUUCCACCUUGCAUCUGCUCAAUGACUCUGCCAACAGCUGGCUGUUCGACAAAACCAGGUUCCCUGAAGGCUGCGUCCGCUGCGCCGUGGUUGGGAACGGAGGGAUUCUCAAUGGAUCCCGGCAAGGCAAGGAGAUAGAUGCCCAUGACUUUGUUUUCAGGCUAAAUGGGGCUGUGAUCAAAGGCUUUGAAGACGACGUCGGUACCAAGACAUCGUUCUAUGGUUUCACGGUGAACACAAUGAAGAAUUCCCUGAUUGCCUACGGAGAGUACGGCUUCACCCAGAUACCCCAGUCUAAGGACCUGCGGUAUAUUUUCAUCCCCUCGGACAUACGCGAUUACGUCAUGCUGAAGUCAGCCAUACUGGGCAGCCGUGUCCAAGAGGGUUAUGACAAAGGUGAUGACCCACGGACGUAUUUUGGACCAGAGGCAUCUGCAAAAAAGUUCAAGCUGCUGCACUCAGAUUUCAUACAUUAUCUAACAGUGAGAUUUCUGAGAUCUGAAAUAAUAAAUACUCAAUAUGGGUAUCUCUACAUGCCCAGUACCGGUGCCCUCAUGCUACUGACAGCUCUACAUACCUGUGACCAGGUCAGUGCCUAUGGAUUUAUCACGGACAAUUACCGAAAGUUUUCAGACCACUACUACGAGCGGAAGAAGAAGCCUCUUGUGUUCUAUGCCAACCAUGACAUGCUGCUGGAGGCGGAGCUGUGGAAGAGCCUGCACAGGGCAGGCAUCAUGAAGCUGUAUCAGCGGUGAGGCUGGGUGGCAUGUCCCUUGGACUCCUGCUGUAACAAGUCAUCCUUCUCCUCUUCCCCAAGGGCUCCCUUCUCCCUGGCAAGGGCCAUCCAGAAUUCAUGGGCAACAGUGGCAAACUGAGAGCUCACCCAAAGCCAGCCUUACAAGCUGGAGCAGAUGGAGAUUGCAUGAAUUGCAAGGCUGCCUUCUGCGAGCCAGGGGUGCUGCCUGGAGGAUUCUGCUCAGAUGUUGCUGAGAUGGCAAAGCAAGUGUGGAGAGGUCUGCCUCCAGGGAGCCUGCUGAUUGGCUCAAGACAACAGACCCUGCCUUUGUCCCAGAAAUGCCCUGGUUCCUCCCAUCAAAUACUGACACCUGCAGGGAGCAACUUCUGACACUGGGAAAUGAAAAGGGAAUUUCAGAAGCAAUAAGCCCGAAUGUUUGAUGCGCAUCUCCCAAAGGGGCACGAUGGCCCUGAGAGAAGAUGCUUGCUCACCAGCACGUUCCAGUUUCCCAUCGCCUUCCUUUGAGUAUUACAUGCUGAGCACAGAGCUUGGAUGUGGAAAAUACCCAGCCUGCCGUUCCCACCUUUCCAUCACACACAAGGGUCUGCCAUAACCCUGAAGAGCCUAAUUUGUUGUGUUCAAAAUCCUUCAUGGUGGGACACAUCACAGCCACUAUCCUAUAGCUGAGGAGACCUGGAUGGAGCUUGUGGACAUUGCUCCUCAAUAGACUGGGUGGGUAGGUGAAGAGCAUUGUGGCUGGGCAGCCUUAACUGCAUGAAGGCCCCCAGAGCCACAUGCACAUACACUCCAUUUUCCAGACAGAUCUCCCAUCACUAGCAGCAUACAGCAGAGGCUGACUGCACUCUCCAACCUGUGCUUCAGCCACACUCCUGGGGCUUUCACUCCACAAUGUGAUGUCAACAGGUGUCUUAUUGACAGAUGAGGGUGGGGUUGUCACAGCUUAAUUAGCCCCUCCCUGCAGUAAAUUGGGGCAGGUGGACCUGAUCAAAUGGGAGGAGUUGGGUGGGACCCCAUGCAUUAUUUUGCAUUGCAAACCUAGGGGGCCUGUGUAUAUUCAGAGGAAGGCCUCCAGCCCUUGUGCAGAUUUAUGGAACCCACUCCUCCAUUACUUAAAACUAAAUCCCCAUCAAGCUAAAUAAAAAACCCACCUAGCCAGCAGUAAGGAGGGAAUAUUCUUUAACCCUGAAGCUACAUUUUGUAAGUUAAUUACAUGUAACUAGGAAGAGUAGAACAACAGGUUGGUUUUGUUCUACAGGGAGGUUGCAAUGACUAGUGAUGGAUGGAUGCUAAAGCACAAUGGAGGAGUGCAAUUUGAAACACUUUCCCACUUUGUAUAAUUGCAUAAAUGUUGAAUGAUCUUUUAUGUUUUCUUUUGUUGUUUUGGCUUGUGGUGGGGAAUGGGGGUAGACUAUGACUGGCAGAGGCUAGCACUGAAAGCAGAGCAACAAUACAAUGUAUGGCUGGCCAUCAGAGGAUCGCAGGGGGUUUGAGGGGUUUGACUGGGGGGUGGGUUGGUACUGCUGCAGUGAAUUUCUACACAGGAGGGGAGGGUGAACAGUUCUGAACUCCAUGAGCAACAAGUGCUGGCACAGGCUGAUGAAAGUGAUCCUAACGCGUACACAGCCUGGGGCUCCAGCACCCUCUUGCUUUGCUCUGAGCCCAAGAAUUAACAUUUUAAAAAAUAGUUUAUUUGGCCCAGUCAUCCUUGUAGAACAGCACUCAGCGCUGCAGCCUAAAAGGGGAACAGCUAGGGUACAAGACUAGGUGUCAAGAUACCCAGAAACUCAACCUAGCUAUGCCACUGUGUCUGAUCUCAGUAUUGUAAGAUACAGAAAAUAGUGUUCUGACUGACUCAUUCCAUACCUGUAAAGCACAUACAUGUUAUCUGCAUUUAACAGAUGGGGGAACUGAGACAGACAUGAACUGUCCAAGUCCACAUCAGAGCCUAACAUGGAUGAUCUAGAACUUUUAGCUCAGUUAGGGAACAGUUUUACUACACCCUACUGGUGCAAGCAGGUCUCUUGCUUCUGUAGGGGUUGGUUAGUCAUGGAAGGCUAUAACCACAUCUGGAAAAAAGCCCCAGCGUGGAGGGUCUUACAUUCUCAAAACCCUGUAAAGUGCGGCAUGUUACUAGCUUUUUCUAUAGCCUAGUGAUGUAGCCUCUUUUAGUAAUGAGGGACUUGCCCUUCACCUUGCAGUCACAUAGUAUGGAGUCUGACAUAUCAUAGGUGAAAGGGCUGGUUGAACUCACUUAAAACUUUGGGUUUAGAACAUCACUAAAACUCAGACACUUGACAUUUUUGAUGAUUUAUUUCUGAAAGAUAAAACCUCCUUGGUCAACAGCUCUUCUUCUCCAGCCAGCCCUGCUGGGGGAAAACACAAAACAGGAGCUAGUCAGUAAAGAAAGAUAUUAACAAGCCCCUUUCUUCUGUGCUGUCAAAUGUAUUGCAAAAAAUCAGAGUAGGGAAGGUGGCCAAGCGCCAAGGACACAAAGGAGCCAUCCAUCUUAUUUUACCAGGAAUACAAAGAUCAUUUGAGGAGGUUGGCAAGACUUAACUGAAAUGAUGGACAGAUCAGUUCUUGCUCUAUUACUGACUGGCAUGAUAAAGACCUGCACUUUAUCAGACGCAAGGUUGGUCCCGUCAUUGUCACAGCUAGUCUCACUGGAGCCAUGUUCCUAGCACGCCAAGCAAUCCCUUUUCACCACUUGAGUCUAAGACCCAUUCUCGUCUUGACAGACACCACGGAGCUGUGUCAAACUCAACAGCGAAGAGGAAACCCUGCAGUUACCCACAGGUGACUUCACCAGCACAUAUCAGGCACCACCAAAUGAGAACUACUGAUAAACAAGGACUAUAUAGAGACAGACAGACCUUGCUUCAGAUCAUUCUCCCUCUUUUGCAGCAGCAUCCUGAAGUUAGAGACUUAUCAAAGUCAACUGACAUGCAAAGUCUGCAAAAAACAACUGCUAUCUAGAUAUGGCAAAUAGAGGUGUUUGAAACAGUUCCUGAAUUUCCACAAGUAUUGAACACUGUUUACUUUUAUUUUCUAUUUCUAGUCUCUUUCUCUCUCAUUUUACUUGCAACCUGGGAGCAGACAGCUCCAGUUUUUCCUACCCAAUAAAUUAUGCCUUCUAAUUAAACAAA